AUGAGCCUUAGAAGAAUCAAGAUGCAGGCAUCUAGAUGCUUAUCUACUCGUCGUGGAUCUUGUAUAUUAUUUGUUACCUUCAUAUGGUUCCUCUUCUAUCACCUUCCAGCUCCUCCUUCCACCCAGAACAAUAUUCGCGCAGACCGACCACCCCCAGAACAUCAAGUAGAGGACACGCCACGAUUUAUCUACCGCUCUCCUUUUCGAAGAAAUCCGGAUGUUCAAUAUGAAAAACAGCUAGCAAAUGCCCUGGAGAAGAUUGAAAUGGCCGUAUUGGCACAAAGUCAGGAAAGCAACAUAUCCGAAGAUAGAAUCUGGCAGAUUGCGAAAGAUGCAAAGCACAGGGGGGAAGACUCAAUAGUGUUUCAAGGGAAAAAUAAAGAGUGGGUAUACACUUUAGUCAGUGAUCAAAAGGCCAUCGAGUUCGUGACCAACGAGCUAUCCGCCAUCCCCGAAAUCGCGACCAUAUACAAAUCCUACCCCCACAAUGUCCUCCGAGCAGACCUCCUCAGAUACCUCCUUCUCUGGUACUACGGAGGCUUCUACGCAGACAUCGAUGUUUUUCCGGCUCGAACCAUCAAGACCUGCCCAGCACUUGAGCCCUUCUUCGCAACCAUACCGGAUGAAUACACACAAAACACCCCUCCCGAUGUAUCGCUCGUUGUUGGAAUCGAAGUCGACGAGCCAUACGCUUCGCCACAAUUCAUGCGCGAUUGGCACUGGACAAGGAGCUACGGACUGAUCCAGUAUACGAUGUAUGCACCACGACGUUUCAGCCCGCUUCUCCGUGAAACCAUUGUGCGGGUCUUAGCACAUACCAGAAAAUACAAUAGUGAACAUACCGGCCUCUUCCCCAGUCUGGCGUAUGACGAGAAGACAAUAUUAGGAGUUACGGGGCCUGAUGUCUUUACAGAUGCUAUUCUUGACACACUUUCCUCUUCACUUCCUUUGACACAUCAGUUCAUUCAACAAUCUGUCGACGCAGAUGCGGAUAUAGGGGAUCUUUUAUCUCCUGAACUUGGGGAGUUGAAGGAACGCGUAACGUGGGCUCCGUUUCAUAGACUCCGUGAUCCUGUCUGCAUCCAGGCUGGCGAGGCUGUCCAGAAUGAAUCCAUGGGUGGACUGUGCGUGUUGCCAAUCAGUGUUUGGGGGAAUGGACAGAGACAUAGUCAGGCGGGAGGGUUUAACCAUCCUGACGCGUGUGUUAAUCAUCGGUUUGGGCGGACGUGGAAGAAGGGGUGGUGGGAGUAUAUAUUUGGGUGA